GUGAUGUUAUGUGUAUCACUCGUGUGUAUACAACUUGCUGUCUGUUCUGGGGAUGAUAAAAUAAGGUAUGAUGAUGGUCAUCCAAAGAAGCGAUCCAAGGAGGCAACCUACGUGCCUUACCUACCUGAACGACAUCAUCUUGUUUUCCCCUACCGGUAUGCUAAUCAUGGGACGACCCGAGCAGUGGCAAUGACGGCGAAAGGUAGGUUUUUUUGGCAAGCCGUGACUGAGCACGCCACGGAGGAGCUCUCGGACUCUUGGCGGUCGAAACGAUGACGGAUUUUACAACUUUUUGGCGGGACGUUGGGACCAUCGAAGAGACGUAGGACUGGGUGCCUUUUGAGAAGUGGCAAGGUCUCUUUUGGUCUCAUCUGAUGAUGUUCAAAGUGAGGCAAACAUGGGGUCGGUAAGGUACCCUGAGGAAAGGAAGGUCCGGGCCCCGGGGGGGGGGGGGGUCUUGAUGGUUUCAUGAUUAUGAUAGUUGGCACA